AUGUCAAGAUAUGGAGUUCAUAUCGUCUUAGUGGCUUUGGUUACUGAUGGUGGACUAGGGUCAUGUCCUCAAUUGGGGGUGAAGGCAAAGGGAAAUAGUGGUAAGAGGGAGACGAGUUUUCGUAAGUUGAGAGUAGGAUCGUGGAACAUAGGGUCUCUUGCUGGAAAGUUCAUAAAGCUAGUGAAGAGUCUUAAGAGGAGAAAGAUUAAUAUAACAUGUAUUCAGGAGACUAGAUGGGUAAAGAGGAUCAGUGAUAGGAUGAUGUUUAUUAAGCUAGUUAUAGGCAUGCUUUUUGUGAACGUUGUUAGUGCGUAUGCACCCCAUGUGGGUCUAGAUGAAGAAUUCAAAAGGCUUUGUUGGGAGGAUUUGGAUGAAGUAGUGAGAGAUAUACCUAGUAUCAAAAAUAUUUUCAUUAGUGGAGAUUUCAAUGGUCAUAUCAGUAUAACUUCUAAUGGUUUUGAUGAUGUACAUGGAGGCUUUGGUUUUGGGGAAAGAAAUGGCGGCGGGGUUUCUCUCUUGGAGUUUUCCAAAGCUUUUGAGUUGGUUAUUGCUAAUUCAUGUUUUUUGAAGAGGAAUAAUCAAUUGGUCACCUUUAGUAGCACGGUACCUAGGAAUCAGAUUGACUACUUACUCCUCCAGAAGGGUGAUAGAGGAAGGUAA